CUUUGACUCCAUUCCAAGGGACUCCAUGCUGAGCCCUGUCUGUCUCCAUGUGCCUCUGCAAAGUUUCAGGGAGAGACCAGUGGUAUCUGGGGGUGAGAGGGAUGAUGACAUGAUUUAGGGACAGUGUGACAUGAGAGGAUGCCAUGCGGUGGAGCCAGUGUGACAUUAAGGCAAGAGUCAGUGUGACAUGGGGGAAGGCUCAGUUUGUUAGGUGAGAGGGGUCUGUGGCCCAGAGAAGAGGGAGUUUAUUUUGAAGUUGAAGGCCAGUAAAUGUCGCACACAGGGGUGAAGAUCAGCCACGCUGAAUGAGGACAGUUUAUUCCCUUUCCAGGUCUCCCCUGCAAGAGGGCAUGGAGAUCAGAGACAUGAACCACCUCUUUCUAAUCUUCAGCAUUCUGGCAGUGGCUGUAGUAACAACAAAAACUCUAAAAGCAACACCGAUACAAGUAAAGUUAGCCCAGCAGUUCAGUCAGAUAUACAGCAAAAUGGCACCAACCUUUUUGGUUUUCCUGAACUCAGAAUAUGAGGCUUGUCUGGGGACCCUGAUCCACAAACAGUGGGUUAUCACUGCAGCCCACUGCUUCUUACCAUUUCUUGAGAUAAACAUUGCUACUUCAAAACACAGUUUCCAAAACAAGAUUGAAAACCUAAGGCCCAGGCUUACUGUCCAACACCCAGAUUUUACCCGGGAUUCUGCUGAGCAUGACCUCAUGCUCAUCAAGCUGAGUCAUCCCCAAAAGCUCAACGAUCAGGUGAAGCUGGUGGCCCUGCCCAACACCACAGAUGACAGAAGAGGGGGAAAGUGCACUGUCUCUGGCUGGGGCUGGGAAUGGAAGGAUUCCAGCUCAGAGCCUGACGUCCAGAUAAACCAGACCGUCUUUUGGUUCUCUAAUGAUGACUGCAAGGAGUCCCCUGUAAGACAAAUUCCUGUUCAAAUCACGGAGAACAUGUUCUGUGCAGGAUCAUCUCUGGAGAACAAACACAUGUGUAAGGAAUUGGCAGCUGCCCCAGUCUUGUGCCAAAAUCAGCUCCAAGGCAUCCUAUCUUGGUCAGCAGGGUGCAUUCUGAGAGGCGAUGUCGGCUACUACACCAAGGUUUCCCGCUAUACAGACUGGAUCCGCAAAGUCAUCCACAGCAACUGAGCUCUCUCCAUUCCCUCUCCCAGUGGCCUCAGACCUGGGUCUACCAUCCUUGACCAUUCCUUUCCCUCAGAACGAGAUGGGAAUAGAGUCUGGCUAUCCGAAAGUU